CAAAGCUGCCGCAUGGCACCACGGAGCUCUGAUGUGGAUCAGCCGACGCCGGUCAGUCUGCCUCAAACAGUAACGUGGAUCGGUCCCUUCUUAGUCGUUUGUGGCUGUUGUUACUCACGAGCAGUGUGUGUGGCGUGUAGCAAGUGACGAUGGACUGGCACCUGAGGACUGCUUGGUGUCUGAUGGUGGCGGUGUGGUUGUGCAGCAGUGUAGGCCAUGCCACUGGCUUCAUCUGGAGCUGGAACAAGAACAUGAGCAGCGACUGGGGGAGCCAGGACACCCAGAUCUACAUUCCUGUCAUCUCCAAGCCUGGCAUCCAGAGUGGCACUGGAAGCAAACCUGCAGACUACCCACAGAAGCCUCUGUACAACCGCAAUUAUUUCCGUCAGCCACCAGGCACCAGUAAAUUGACACAUGAGGCCAGAUAUCCUGGCUACCAACAGGGCUACCCAGGAUAUCAAAACUAUCCAGCUGGAUACCCCAGAUCUCCUGGGGAUUAUGGACGUCAUGGAGGCUACCCAUCAUCGUCAGGUGGUAGCACUUACGAUGGUCACCAACAAGUGUACACUGGCUCUCCAGGCUUUGUCCAUUAUCCGAGCAACAGAUACUCUGGUGGCGGCUCACAGUGGAGUCCUCUGGGAUACACACCCAGCUACAGUAUGAUACCAGGCCUCGACGGUAUCUACAGUGCCAGGGGCAGCCGUUUCUUGACAAGCUACCAUUCCAGCCAAUUUGGACUCUCAAAGAAUUUUUUUAGGCCAAGCUUCCCAACCGUCAUCUCCUUGUCAAUACCACAUGGCACUGGAAGCAAACCUGCAGACUACCCACAGAAGCCUCUGUACAACCGCAAUUAUUUCGGUAAGCCACCAGGCACCAGUAAAUUGACACAUGAGGCCAGAUAUCCUGGCUACCAACAGGGCUACCCAGGAUAUCAAAACUAUCCAGCUGGAUACCCCAGAUCUCCUGGGGAUUAUGGACGUCAUGGAGGCUACCCAUCAUCGUCAGGUGGUAGCACUUACGAUGGUCACCAACAAGUGUACACUGGCUCUCCAGGCUUUGUCCAUUAUCCGAGCAACAGAUACUCUGGUGGCGGCUCACAGUGGAGUCCUCUGGGAUACACACCCAGCUACAGUAUGAUACCAGGCCUCGACGGUAUCUACAGUGCCAGGGGCAGCCGUUUCUUGACAAGCUACCAUUCCAGCCAAUUUGGACUCUCAAAGAAUUUUUUUAGGCCAAGCUUCCCAACCGUCAUCUCCUUGUCAAUACCACACUAUCACUACCCUUCAAGCAUUCCACCGAAGACGACUUGGGGCUGUGACUGCUAUGUCCAGCACGCAACAGCAGUGUGCAUGUACGGGCUGAAGGAUGACUUAAUACCGCCUUGUGUGGGUUUGUCAGUCACUGCAGUGUUCAUCCAGUCAGAGGAAGUUGACUGGCUGUCUGUUGAUGCAUUCAGGUACGUUCCACAUCUAGAGUACAUAAACAUGACGGACACAAUGCUCAUUUCACUGCCAAAGAACCUUUUUCACUACACCCGUGACCUGAAGCAUCUGUUGGUUCAACGAAAUCGUGACUUGAGAUCUUUGGACCGUGAUGUCUUCCAGGAUGCUAGCAAGCUUGAGGAUGUUAUUUUGGACCGCAAUGGCAUCAGUUCACUGGAACAAGAUGUGUUCAUUCACUUGAAAAGUGUCCAGAGGCUGAACCUAGCCUACAAUAAGAUCAGGAGCCUGCCCAUCGGUAUCUUCAGAGAUAAUCGAGAACUACAGGAGCUGGUGUUGUCAGGGAACCCACUGCACUUUACCUCAGAUACAGCAAAGGACCUGCUGAGAAACAAUGGCAAACUGCGAGUGCUUCUGAUGCGCAAAUGCAAACUCGAGGACCUUGCAACUGGCCUUCUGGGAAGUUUAUCAAAUCUGGAAUGGCUGGACCUAUCACACAACAGGAUCUCUAAGUUUCCUUUGGAGUUCAUUCAGAACUGCACAAAGCUGUCCUACUUAGGACUCGCCUACAAUAAGUUUAGGGUCUUCAGCUCAGAUAUGUUUUACCAACGUGGUGGAUCUCUUGCUACUUUGAAUCUGGAAGGCAACCCUUGGCACUGUGACUGCGAUCUUCUGCCACUGGCCAGCUGGGCCAGUUUGCGAAAAGACGCAGUGCCGGGACAGCCCAGAUGCAGCACCCCACAUUACCUCGAGAAAGAAUCCCUGCAGCACUGGUUCCACAGCAAAGAUACGAGGAAGUGUAGUGGCGCCACCUCGUCGCUGCGAACAGAUCUGAAUCGUGUGCUGUCCGUGGCUCGUGCCAUCGCCGAGCAGCCAUUGAGCUUCUUUGCAAACUUGCUCCCCGUCUCCGACGAGGAAGUCAGUUUAACUGCUACGUAUUACUUUUUGUAUGCUAUGGCUGCCCAAACCAGUGACGACGUGGAGAGUGUGGUGUGGCACUGGGCACGGUUCCUCGAGAAAGUUCUGGAUAGGCGGCACCUCCGCUACGUGGAGAUGUCCACCAAUGUAGGCAUCGAUCCUAUCGGCUUGGACAGGACUCAGCAGCUUCUCGGCAGUGAGCUGGGCAAAGAUGGUCCAUUUAAUUUUAAGGUGGACUUAAGCAUGAACCCAUUUGCAACUACCACCACAAAGCCACCAACAGCCAGAGCUAAUGAGCAGCCCCUGAGGCCAAAGGGAUUUGAACCAUUUGUAAAUUUCACUUAUGUUCUGAAAAAUGUUCCACAUAAUAUGACAAAAGUUGUUGAUGUGACUAUUGAGGAAGAGCUGAAGAUUGUGUUUGGAAUUAUCAGUCGUACCAGUGCCAGCAGCCCGAGAGUUACAGCAGCCAAUGGAAUACCACGGAAUUCAGAAGGCUUCUACAUGACUUCAGAAUCUGCCAACGACAUGGCAGUGCUGCCAAAGAAGUUGAAUGCCACAGAGCAGAUGGUGGCCGGCCUGUGUUUCGAGCUUCGCAAAAUGCUUUCUGUUCUACUGCAGAGCAUUGAUCAGGCCGAAUUGGAUGCCGCGUACCAAAAGUUUGUCAACAAGGAAGAGGAGAAAGCCACGAAAUCUCCACUGCAGCCAACACUCACCACUGAUCCGAUGAGCACAAGGAGAGUGAGAAGCAGUGCAGAGAGCUGUGUGCUGACACAGCCUCAGCUGACUGUGCUUGUUGUUUGUCUGACUGUAUUGGCCCAGCCUCUUGUGUAAUUACUCCAUACAGCUGUGCAUGUAAUAGCCGGCUUUCGCUACUUUUGCCUAAAUUUAUUAUAAAAUGCAUUUUCAUCAUC